AUGGCCAGCGAGGUGGUGUGCGGGCUCACCUUCCGCCUGCUCCUGCCCGUGUGCUUGACUGCCGCCUGUGCUUUCCGUUACAAUGGGCUCUCCUUUGUCUACCUCAUCUACCUCCUGCUCAUUCCUCUGUUUUCAGAACCCACAAAAGCAACCAUGCAAGGGCAUACAGGACGAUUAUUGAAAUCUCUGUGUUUCACCAGUCUAUCAUUCCUGCUGCUGCACAUCAUCUUUCAGAUUACAAUAAACAGUCUUGAAGCUGCGAAAACUAUUGAACCUGGUUUUAACUGUUCAACAUGGGAGAAAACAUUACGGCAGAUUGGUUUUGAAAGUGUGAAAGGAGCAGAUGCUGGGAACGUGAUCAGACUAUUUGUACCAGAUAUUGGGAUGUUCAUUGCUAGUCUGACAAUAUGGCUCGUCUGCCGCAACGUGUUUCAGAAGCCAGUGAGCGAGGAUGCAGCACAGUGCAACACGCAGUUUGAAAAUGAGGAGAUGGCUGUAAGAGAAAAAUUAGAGCCAGAUGAUGCUUUGAUGUAUGAAGAAGAUCUGGAUGACGACGACUGUGGAGAAGCAGAAUUUGAGGAGACCAUGAAAUUAAAACUGCUGCGUAGAAUUGCCUUUCUAGCAUCCAAACUGAGGGAGUUUAUUGGCAAUAUGAUAAUCACCACUGGAAAAGUUGUUGUUACAAUUUUACUUGGUUCAGCAGGUAUGAUGGUGCCAUCUUUGACCUCAGCUGUGUAUUUCUUUGUGUUUUUGGGCCUGUGCACAUGGUGGUCCUGUUGCCAAGCAUUUGAUCCGCUGAUAUUCAGCUGUCUAUGUGUAUUAAUGGCUAUAUUCAGUGCGGGACACUUGAUUGGACUUUAUCUGUACCAGCUACAGUUCUUUCAAGAGGUUGUUCCACCAAAAGAUUUCUAUGCCAGGUUGUUCGGUGUCACUUCUCUUACUCAGACAAACUGCUCAAGCACUUGGAUGAUCAUCAAAAAUCAAGAGUUACAUUGGUAUCACCAUGCUAACCCAAUCUUACUGCUAGUGAUGUACUACACCCUAGCAACUCUCAUUCGUCUCUGGCUGCAAGAGCCCAUUGAAAGGACGCCCGAUGAAGAGAAAUCUGUCAGCAGGGAAGAUGACAAAGAAAUUCCCUGCAGCCCAAUUCCAAUGACAGCGGAGAGGAGACGCAGUCUGUGGUAUGCAAGCCACUAUACAACUGAUGAGAGAAAAGUGCUGCUGGUGACAGUGAACGGGAACCCUGCUGACUAUCACACCAUCCACCCCGCACUGCCACUGGAAAAUGGUCCAGCCAAAGCAGACGUGUACUCCACACCACAGUACAAGUGGGAGCCCUCGGAUGGCUUGUCAGAAAAGGAAGAGGAGGAGGAAGAAGAAGAGGAAGUUACUCAGGAGGAAAAGGAAAAUGUUAAAUUACAUGCCCUGGUCUCUGUGUUUCAAUUUAUCAUGAAACAAAGCUAUAUUUGUGCUCUGAUAGCUAUGAUGGCGUGGAGCAUCACAUAUCACAGCUGGUUGACUUUUGUGUUACUAAUCUGGUCUUGCACAUUGUGGAUGAUUCGGGACCGAAGGAAAUAUGCCAUGAUCAGUUCACCCUUCAUGGUUUUUUAUGGAAAUUUACUGCUAAUAUUACAGUAUAUAUGGAGUAUUGAGCUCAAGAAUGAUGAACUUCCUCAAGUAUCUGGUUUUUUAAAAAGAAAGGAACCUGGGGAGCUGGCAUCAAAGAUUCUUUUCACAAUUACUUUCUGGCUACUGCUUAGGCAACACCUCACUGAACAGAAAGCACUUCGGCUAAAAGAAGCUACUUUAUCUGAGGUCAAAGUUGGAAGUGAAGAAAAUGAAGAAAAAGAAGAGGAUUCACAAGAGGGAGAAGUGUCAGAAGAACAGGAAGAGGAGAAGGAAGAGGAGGAGGAGGGAGAGGAGGAGGAUGAACAGGAUAUUAUGAAAGUCUUGGGGAAGCUGGUGAUGGCUAUGUUAAUCAAGUACUGGAUUUACGUGUGUGGGGGCAUGUUCUUCUUCGUCAGCUUUGAGGGUACAAUUGUCAUGUACAAAAUCAUCUACAUGGUACUGUUCCUCUUCUGUGUGGCCCUCUACCAGGUACACUAUGAAUGGUGGAGAAAGAUUUUAAAGUACUUCUGGAUGUCAGUGGUUGUUUACACAAUGUUGGUACUUAUCUUCAUCUACACAUACCAGUUUGAGUCUUUCCCUGGGUUGUGGAAGAACAUGACAGGCCUGGAUGAAAGGAAACUAGAGGACCUUGGUUUAAAACAGUUUUCUGUGGCUGAUCUAUUCACACGCAUCUUUAUCCCCACCUCCUUCCUACUGGUGUGUAUCUUACACCUUCACUAUUUCCAUGAUCGGUUUCUGCAGAUCACUGAUUUAAAAGCUGUAACCAGCAAACAGGACAACACUAUUUACAGCCAUGCCAAAGUCAAUGGCCGUGUAUAUCUAAUAAUUAAUAGCCUCAAGAAAAAAAUACCAAACCACCAAAAUGAACUGGUGCACCAAGAUGGAAGUCUGCCUGACAUAACUAUGAUGAAUCUAACAGCCAGCAGAGAAGAGGAUAAAAUGCUGGAAGAGGCUGGUGAGAAAAGAAUGGAAGAUCCAGAGGGGGAGGGAGGGAAAGGGAGGGUCAAAAAAGGAAAAGAAGAAGAGAAGGAGGAUGAGGAUAAAGAAGAGGAAGAGGAUGAUGAUGACAAUGAAGACAAUGAAUCAGAGGAAGAAGAAACUACAGACUUAAGGAACAAGUGGCAUCUGGUGAUCGACCGCCUUACAGUGCUGUUUUUGAAAUUCCUGGAGUAUUUUCACAAGAUGCAAGUCUUUGUGUGGUGGCUGUUGGAGCUGCAUAUCAUCAAAAUUGUUUCCUCUUACAUCAUCUGGGUCACAGUGAAAGAGGUGUCUCUACUUAACUUUGUGUUUUUAAUUGCCUGGGCCCUUGCUUUGCCAUAUGCUCAGUUUCGCCCACUGGCAUCAAGUAUCUGCACUGUUUGGACAUGUGUGAUUAUUGUCUGCAAAAUGUUGUAUCAGCUCACAUCUAUUGAUCCCAAGGAUUUUUCCAGAAACUGUACAUUGCCAGGAGAGAAUGAAACUAAGGUCAAUUUAGAAGAGCUGAAAACCUCAGUGCUCUACAGUGGGCCAGUUGAUCCUUCAGAGUGGGUUGGAUUGAGAAAAUCUAGUCCCCUUCUUGUGUACUUAAGGAAUAACUUACUGAUGCUGGCUAUUCUGGCCUUUGAAGUUACAAUCUACCGUCACCAAGAAUACUACAGAUGUCGAAAUAACCUCACCGCACCUGUGACUAAAACCAUUUUCCAUGAUAUUACAAGAGCACAUCUGGAUGAUGGACUUGUAAACUGUGUCAAGUAUUUCAUAAACUACUUCUUCUACAAGUUUGGUUUGGAGACCUGUUUUCUUCUAUCAGUGAAUGUAAUUGGUCAAAGGAUGGAUUUUUAUGCAAUGAUUCAUGCCUUCUGGCUGAUUGCUGUAUUGUAUCGACGCAGGAGAAAAGCUAUUGCAGAGAUCUGGCCAAAAUAUUGUUGUUUUCUAACAUGCAUCAUUACAUUCCAGUACUUCCUUUGCAUUGGCAUCCCACCUGCUCCUUGUAAAGACUAUCCAUGGAGAAGUGGCAAUGCCAACUUCAACUCCAACAUCAUAAAGUGGUUAUACUUUCCAGACUUUAUUGUGAGACCAAACCCUGUCUUCCUUGUGUAUGACUUCAUGCUGCUUCUGUGUGCGUCCUUGCAAAGGCAGACAUUUGAGGAUGAAAAUAAAGCUGCAGUACGAAUCAUGGCUGGUGACAAUGUGGAAAUUUGCAUGAACCUCGAUGCAGCAUCUUUCAGCCAGCAUAAUCCUGUUCCUGACUUCAUUCACUGCCGGUCCUACUUAGACAUGUAUAAGGUGAUAAUAUUUAGUUACCUCUUCUGGUUUGUGCUUACCAUAAUCUUCAUCACGGGAACCACAAGGAUCAGCAUAUUCUGUAUGGGCUACUUGGUGGCCUGCUUCUAUUUCCUUCUCUUUGGUGGGGACCUGUUGCUGAAGCCCAUUAGGAGCAUUCUGCGUUACUGGGACUGGCUGAUUGCCUACAACGUCUUCGUGAUCACCAUGAAGAACAUCCUGUCGAUAGGAGCAUGUGGCUAUAUUGAAUCAUUAAUUGAGAAGAGUUGCUGGGUGAUUCAGGCGUUUAGCCUGGCUUGUACAGUUAAAGGCUACCAUAUUCCAACGAGCAACCCAGACUGUAAACUGCCCAGUGGAGAAGCAGGAAUCAUUUGGGACAGUAUAUGUUUUGCUUUCCUGUUGCUGCAAAGAAGAGUCUUCAUGAGUUACUACUUCCUUCAUGUGGUUGCAGAUAUAAAAGCUUCUCAGAUAUUAGCAUCAAGGGGUGCUGAGCUUUUUCAGGCUACAAUUGUCAAGGCUGUAAAGGCAAGAAUUGAAGAGGAAAAAAAAUCAAUGGAUCAACUGAAAAGACAAAUGGAUCGCAUCAAAGCCAGGCAGCAAAAAUACAAGAAGGGUAAAGAGAGGAUGCUAAGCAUGAACCAGGAGUCCUCAGAGGGGCCGGAGAUUCGGAAGGUUUCAGAAGAAGAUGAUGAAGGAGAUGCAGACAAAGAGAAAGCCAAGGGCAAAAAAAAGCUGUGGUGGCGGCCUUGGGUUGAUCAUGCUUCCAUGGUCAGAAGUGGAAAUUAUUAUUUGUUUGAGACGGAUAGUGAAGAAGAAGAGGAAGAGGAAAAAAAAGAAGAGGAAGAGCCUCGAAAAAAGUCAGCUUUUCAGAGAGCUAUUGGAAAAUUUGCUUCAGCCAUUUUAGCCUUGCCAAAGUCUAUCAUUAAACUACCCAAAACUAUUCUUCAGUAUUUAAUCAAAGCAGCAAAGUUUGUUUAUCAAGCCUGGAUAACUGACCCUAAAACAGCUCUACGACAGAGGCGCAAAGAGAAGAAAAGUUUUGGGAAAGAGAAGAGAAGGCGAAAAGAAUCUGGGGAUGGAGGAGGCAAUGAUGCAGACUGUGAGGACAGCGAAGAAGAACCUGUCAAGAAGAAAUCUGAUGGACCAGAUAACAUCAUCAAGAGGAUAUUUAAUAUCUUGAAGUUUACUUGGGUCCUUUUCCUGGCAACGCUGGACAGUUUCACAGCUUGGCUUAACUCCAUCUCCAGAGAACACAUCGAUAUCUCCACCGUGCUCAGGAUUGAGCGCUGUAUGCUGACCAGGGAGAUUAAGAAGGGAAAUGUUCCAACACGGGAGAGCAUCCAUUUGUAUUACCAGAACCAUAUGAUGAAACUUUCUGAGGAGUCAGGACUAGACUCAAUUGAUAAAAAUCCUAGUCAAGCUUCUGGUUUGCAAGCAUCUGAAAGAAUGGAUAGUUUAGAUUCAGCAGCAUCUCAUGACAGCAUCUCCAGUGAACCCACGCAGGUCACCAUGCUCUAUUCCCGUCAGGGGACCACAGAAACCAUUGAAGAGGUAGAAGGGGAGCAUGAGGAAGAAGGAGCUCAUUCUGCAUCAAGGUUGGAGGAAGAGGAGGUGGAAGAUUAUAGCCUGGAUUCAGAAGGAGCUGCAUAUACUCCCGAUACUGAUGCGCCAUUGUACUCCACAGUGGACAGCAAUGCAGAAGCUCCACCUUCCUAUAGCAAAGCUGUCAGCUUUGAACACCUUCCAUUUGGCUCCCCAGAUGACUCAGCUGGGAAGAGCCUCAUGAUGGUGAGCCCGGAUGACAGUCGGACAGACAAACUUGACAGGAUUUUGCCCCCACUGACGCACGAGCUAACAGCUAGUGAGCUGCUCCUGAACAAGAUGUUUCAUGAUGAUGAGUUGGAGGAAUCAGAGAAGUUCUACGUUGGUCAGCCUCGAGUCUUGCUCCUUAUUUAUGCCCUGUACAAUACGCUGGUGGCCCGGUCAGAAAUGGUGUGCUAUUUUGUGAUCAUCCUUAACCACAUGAUCUCUGCCUCCAUGAUAACCCUGGUGCUUCCCAUCCUUAUAUUCCUGUGGGCCAUGCUGUCUGUUCCUCGGCCAAGCAAACGCUUCUGGAUGACAGCCAUUGUCUACACUGAGGUGGCCAUUGUCAUCAAAUACUUCUUCCAGUUUGGCUUCUUUCCUUGGAAUAAACAUGUGGAUUACACAAAAGAUAAACCUUACCAUCCACCCAAUAUUAUUGGCAUUGAGAAGAAAGAGGGUUAUGUGCACUAUGAUCUUGUUCAGCUUCUUGCUUUAUUCUUUCACAGAUCCAUUUUAAAGUGCCAUGGAUUGUGGGAUGAAGAUGAGAAAGGAGACAGCUCCAGUAAUAAAGAGGAUACUGAUGAUGAGCUCUCUCUGACAGGAGGCAGGAGAGACUCUUCUGCCUCUUUGAAAUCUGUCAAUCUUGCCGCAUCUGUGGAGUCCAUCCAUGUCCACUUCCCUGAGCAGCAGACUGCCAUCAGGAGGAAGAGUUCUAGCAGCAUAUCCCAGCUUUCUCACAGGUCCAGCUUCUCCUCACACAGAUCUAAGAGAGGAAGUACCAGUACACGAAACAGCAGUCAGAAGGGAAGCAGUGUGUUAAGCAUCAAGCAAAAAUCUAGAAAAGAGCUUCUCAUGGAAAAGUUUCGAGAACAAAUUAUCAAAGCCAAGGCUUUUACAAUUAAAAAGACUCUCCAGGUGUACAUGCCCAUCAGACAGUUUUUCUACAAUCUUAUUCAUCCAGACUACAGUGCAGUGACUGAUGUGUACGUGCUGAUGUUCCUCGCAGAUACAGUGGACUUCAUCAUCAUUGUGUUUGGAUUUUGGGCUUUUGGGAAACAUUCUGCUGCAGCAGAUAUCACCUCUUCAUUAUCAGAGGACCAGGUCCCAGAGGCAUUUUUGGUGAUGGUGCUUAUUCAGUUUGGUACCAUGGUGGUAGAUCGAGCACUGUACCUCAAAAAGACUGUCAUGGGAAAAGUCAUCUUCCAGGUCAUCCUUGUUUUCGGAAUACAUUUCUGGAUGUUCUUUAUCUUGCCUGGAGUGACAGAAAGGAAAUUUAGCCAGAACACAGUUGCCCAGCUCUGGUAUUUUGUGAAAUGUGUUUAUUUUGGCUUAUCAGCUUAUCAGAUACGCUGCGGAUAUCCAACUCGUGUUCUUGGCAACUUCCUCACAAAAAGUUAUAACUAUGUCAACCUGUUCUUAUUUCAAGGGUUCCGCCUGGUUCCAUUUUUGACUGAGUUGAGAGCAGUAAUGGACUGGGUUUGGACUGACACCACUCUCAGUCUUUCCAGCUGGAUCUGUGUUGAAGAUAUCUAUGCUCAUAUAUUCAUCCUGAAGUGUUGGCGAGAGUCAGAAAAAAGAUAUCCCCAACCAAGAGGCCAGAAGAAAAAGAAAGUUGUGAAGUAUGGAAUGGGUGGCAUGAUUAUCGUCUUGCUGAUUUGUAUUGUCUGGUUCCCACUGCUCUUCAUGUCUUUAAUCAAAUCUGUUGCAGGCAUCACCAACAAGCCUCUAGAUGUAUCAAUCACAAUAACUCUAGGAGGUUAUCAGCCUAUUUUUACCAUGAGUGCUCAGCAGAAUCAGCUCAAAAGUUUGGAUCCAAAUGAGUUCAAUGAAUUUCUGAGAAGCUAUAGGGGUAACACUGCUGCCUUGCAGUUUCUAGAGGGCUAUGCAAGAGAAGAUAUAACUCGAGCAGAUCUGGAGGGAAAUUCAAACUCUUUAUGGACCAUCAGCCCUCCCAGCAGACAGAAAAUGAUACAGGGACUUCAAGACUUUGAGGCUGAUUUCACUUUAGUUAUUUCAUGGACCAUUCAGAGGAAUCUCUCCCUUGGUGCCAAAGCUGAAAUAGCAUCAGAUAAACUUACCUUCCCACUAAAAAACCAUACCAGAAGAGAUAUUGCUACAAUGAUGGCUGAAAAUCAACCGGAAAAGGUAACAUUAGAGGAAGUGUAUCCAUACUACAUCAAGGCUCCUAGUGAUUCUCUUGCAAAACCCAUAAAGCAGCUAUUGAGAGACUGCAAGUGGGAAAAUAUUACAGUUUCCCUUGUCAAAAAUGCAUCUGAAGAAUGGUGGGUUUUGAAUCAGCUUGGGAAAAGACAAAAAACACCUCAAGAGAGUCUCGAACUUUUCAUAUUCAGUGAUAAAGUCAGUCCACCAAGCCUUGGAUUCUUGGCUGGUUAUGGCAUUAUGGGACUAUAUGCCUCAGUUGUCCUGGUGAUAGGGAAGUUCGUCCGUGAAUUCUUCAGUGGGAUCUCUCACUCCAUCAUGUUUGAGGAGCUACCCAAUGUAGACCGAAUCCUGAAGCUGUGUACUGACAUUUUCCUAGUACGAGAGACUGGAGAACUGGAACUAGAAGAAGACUUGUAUGCCAAGCUAAUAUUCCUGUAUCGCUCACCAGAGACUAUGAUCAAGUGGACUAGGGAAAAAACUAAUUGAUCUCUUUGGCAUCACACUGCAAAUCAAGUUGGUUAAAUCUGAAUUUUAAAGGAAAAAGAAAAAAAGCACAAUAUUCUCUUAAGAGCUAAGCCUUUUAUAGUUGGGUAGCAAUGAUUUUUCUCUGAAGGAAUCCUGGAAGCUACGGCCUUAGGAAUCCAUGCUGCCUUUCAAAUUAAGGAUCAACAGUGAAGAAGGCUGAAUGAUUUGUUGUUUUUAAUGUGCCACUCCUCUACAAUCUGGGGACUGCUUUGUAAUUUAAUCAGCAAAUGUUUGCAUCUUUGUCUGGCUAAUUUAAUUUUCCAGACAACCAUUACAACUUAGAGAGAAACUAAAGGAGUGAAACCCACAGAUGACUCCAGUGUACCUUCUUAAUCCUUUCUGGAGCCACACAGUUUGGAUUGUGCAAUAUGCUGUUGUACAUCGCUGACUUUCAAGCUACAGUAAUGGGACACUGAGCCUUCAGGACACUCAGCACCCAGGGCCACACUGGGAACUGAAGACAUUCUAGCCAUACCCAUUUGUAGAGAAGCAGAGGUUUUGAUGUACAAAGGACACUGUGGACCAGCCUCUGUCAGCAAAAAGAAAACAAGUAACAAUCUCUUGAAAUGCCUUAUUUUAUUUGUAUAGUCACAGGAGACAUUUCCACCAAACAUCAAUCAAUGACUUUUCUCAGGAAAAAGAAAAAAACAACUGAAACUUGACAUUUUGUCAAGAUUAACUGAUGGCUAGAAUAAUUAUGGUGAAUUAUGGAGUGUUCUGCUGGGCCAUUCUCUUCAGCAUUACUGCUUUCCAUUU